AUGGCGGCAGUAUGCAAUCAACGUGCUCAAAAGCCCACAGCUGGUCUUGUCGAGCAUGCUGUAGUGGUAUUUGAAGCUAAAAAGGGACCACAAUAUUAUGGCGCAAGCGCAGACCUGGAAGUAUUCCAGCUUUCAGGUGUUUCAAUUAACCAAGCAAGCACGAGCCAGAUCAUUCUUACCAAAGGGGAAAGAGGGCCCAAAAAUUACAUUAACACCGUGCAGGCUGGAUGGCAGUCGGAUGGUUACCAGAAGACCGGCUGUAUUAACCUGGAUUGCCAUGGGUUUGUCCAAGAUCGGUUCACUUCAAACUGGAUGUUGUACAAUGAUAGGGAACCUGUUGGGUAUUGGCCGAAGGAAAUCUUCAACAACAUGGCAGAUUCUUCCCAGGUGCAGAUGGGUGGAUUAGUUUACUCGCCCUUUGAUGAAGCAAGUCCGCCCAUGGGUAAUGGUGUAAAAGGUGAAGCAAAAUUCACGAACGUUCUCUUGCUGGAUGGACAAGGUAAUAACAGAACGCCUGAAGAUUUUGAAGAGAUUCAUGAUCUUGAUAUAGAUUAUUACUACAUUAGCUAUCACUAUCGCGAUGGCGUGUUGAAUUAUGGUGGGCCGGGAGGUUGGAAGAAAACUUAG